AUGUCCUUCUCUCUUUCUCAUUCCUUAGAGUAAUGUGUACUUCAAUUCGCUUUUCUGUCCCUGAAGAAAAGAAAAAGGGGUUUCUGGUGGCUAAUGUACUGAAGGAAUUGAAACUGGAAGCAGGGGAGCUCUCAGCCCGCAAAGCACAUUUAGCUGCUGAGGGCAUUCAGGAAUACUUCCACCUUGAUAUUCAGACUGGGAAUCUGUUGAUUAAUGAUAACAUAGACAGAGAAACUUUAUGUGGCCAGAAUGAUCCUUGUGUACUUCUAUCUCAGCUUGUUUUGGGAAACCCCUUAGAUAUCUUUAAUAUUGAAAUCAAGAUAGAAGAUGUGAAUGACAAUGCCCCCAAAUUUUGGAAAAACAAUGUGGAGAUAGACAUUCUUGAGACUGUUCCUAAAAGUACAACAUUCCCCUUGGAACCUGCCCAAGAUGAAGACUUGGGAGAGAAUAGCAUCCAAAAUUAUACUCUUAAUCCCAAUGAGCAUUUUCAGCUUGAAGUACACAAGAAUGAAGAUAGAAAAGACAAUGUAUAUCUUGUUUUGAAGAAAACAUUAGAUAGGGAGAGGAUGGCACAUCUUGGAUUGACUCUAAUGGCUAUUGAUGGAGGAGUUCCAAAGAAAACAGGCACAGUUCAAAUUAACAUUAAUGUGCUGGAUAGUAAUGAUAACUUUCCUCUGUUUAGCAAGUCUGAAUAUAAGGCAAGAAUAAAAGAAAAUCUCCCUAAAGGCACUCUUGUGAUUAAAGUGGAAGCCGCAGAUCUGGAUUUGGGUUCAAAUGCACAGAUACUCUACUCAUUCCAUCAAGUGCUGGAAAGAAUAAACAAUUUGUUCUAUUUAAAUGAAAGAACAGGAGAAAUCACAGUUUUGAGUCAGAUUGACUAUGAAAAAGAAAAGAGUUACAGUAUGAACAUCAGAGCAACAGAUGGAGGGGGUCUUUCAGGGCACUGCAACGUACUGAUAGAAAUUGAAGAUGUGAAUGACAACCCCCCAGAAGUGUCCAUCAUAUCUCUGACCAACACUUUAAAGGAAGACUCUCCCCCAGACACAGUGGUGGCCAUCUUCAGUGUUAGAGACCAAGACUCUGGAGACAACAGCAAAACAGUCUGCUCCCUGGAGAUGAACCUUCCUUUUGUGCUCAAAGGCACCACAAAUAACUUUUAUCAGCUUGUGCUCCAAAGUCCCCUAGACAGAGAGACGGUCACUGAGUACAACAUCACCAUCACAGCCAUUGACUGUGGCUCUCCUAGGCUCACUUCAACAAGACUGAUUAAUGUUCAGAUCUCCGAUGUCAAUGAUAACUCUCCUCUUUUUGAAAAGUCUUCAUUUGACAUGCAGAUCCGGGAGAAUAAUAUUCCAGGUUUGCUCAUUGGCUCAGUCCACGCUGUGGAUCUGGACACGAAGCAGAAUGCAAAAGUGACUUACUCAGUUCUGCCUGGGAAGGGUGAUGGCCUUUUGCCCACUUUCAUUUCAAUCAACUCUGAUACUGGAAACCUGUAUGCCCUCCGAUCCCUGGACUAUGAGCAGAUAAGAGGCUUCAGAGUUACUGUGAGGGCCUCUGAUGGUGGUUCUCCUUCCCUGAGCUCAGAAGUGAUUGUCCGCAUCCACAUCAUAGAUGAGAACGACAAUGCUCCCUUCUUCCUGUAUCCCCUCCAGAACAACACAUCCCCAUGCAAUGAGCUGGUUCCCAAGUCAGCCGAGGCCGGCUAUCUGGUCACCAAGGUGGUUGCAGUGGAUGCAGAUUCUGGCCAAAACUCUUGGCUUUCCUAUGAAUUGCUGAAGGCCACGGACCCAGCCCUUUUCAGCAUAGGAGCGCAGAAUGGGGAAGUGAAAACCAGGAGAGCCCUGAAUGAGCGAGACACAAACAAGCAGAGGCUGGUGAUUCUGGUCAGAGACAACGGUCUUCCUCCCCAGACCAGCACGGCGUUGCUUAAUGUCCUUCUUGUGGAUGGCUUUUCGGAUCCCUUCCUGAGGAGGGUGGAUGUCAGUGUGCAAGAACCGGAAGAAGAUAAAACCUUGACCAAGUAUUUGGUGAUCUGCUUGGCUGCUGUCUCCUUUGUGUUCCUGGUCUGUAUUGUUGUGUUUAUUGUGGUCAAAAUCUUCAAGAAGGACCCCCAAAGCCAUUUUACUACAGCUGUUCCUCACUUCCCACCCGCCAGUGCUGAUGCCCCAGAGAACUGUGCAGAUUCACAGAAUGGGUCACUUUCCAGGACUUACCGUUAUGAUGUUUGUUUGACUGGUGGUUCUUUAAGUAGCGAGUUCCGAUUUCUCAGGCCUCUCUUUCCUGUAUUUUCUGUGGGAGAUGUAAACGUCCCAGGCAACCACUGGACUUCUUCUGGCCCUGAAGAUUUAUCUAAGCAGGUUGUAGUUAAUGGCACAACGAAAGAGGUACUGUUUGAAAUAAAAAAAGAAGUUUUGGUAAAGUAUUCAUUUUCACAGUAGCUAUUACUCCUAGUAAUGAUAAUUGUAGGUUUUUCCAUUUUUCCAAGUCUGUUUUUAUUUGACUUAGUAAUUUUAUGUAGUUAGCUUCUUUUAUCAUUGCACAUCUUGCUGUUAAAUAUAUCCCCAAAUAUUUAACUUUCU